UUGAAUAGUACAAUGUUUGGAGCCGGAAGAAAGCAACUUUGGAAACGAAGCAUUGGCAGAGUGAUAAAGCAAAAGCUCAAGGAUGAGAGGGAGGCUAAACGUGCUCAUCUGGAUGGCAGACAUGAUUACUUACUGGAUAUCAUUGCCUCUUGUGUGAAUCUGGACAAAGCAGAAGAUGCUAUUCUUGAUGGAAACCAGCGUGCCUUCAAUUUAUGCAUGCUACAUUUCAGUGCUAAUAUUGUUGAGAAACUGAAGAAAGUCCAGUGGAAGACCAAGUACUUUGGCCUUCCAGGAAUAGGAAUGAACUCUCAUUUGACCAAGAAGAAGAAACUGAAAGUAUUUGUGACAGAGGGAAAAGAAGUUGCUUUAACUGGUGUAUGAAUUUUCUUCAUUAGAUCUAGUUUUUCUAAAUCAGUCACAACUGAGAAUAUUUAUCAAAUAAGGCAGUGGCUACUCCUCUCUGAAGUAAAUUUUAAUAUGCUGGAUAUAGGUCAAGAUGGUUUAUUAAAAAGUGUUGAGCAGUUGAUAUCAGAAAUAUUCAUUCCAGCCUUACAGGCUAUGGACAGUGGCUGGGUUGAACCUCAACAAGUUCCCAAUAUUAAGCAUGACUUCCUUCAUGCCCUUGAAGCAUUUGUUAGUGCCCUAUCAGGAACUCAGCAAAGUCUGUUGGAAAAGGUCAGCCUGAAGAAAUGUGAAACGUAUGAUCUGAAAACUCUAAGAGGACCUUCAGAUUACUUGAUGGUUGCUAACAGCAUAGAGGCUCUUGAAAAAAUAGAAGUCUGCAUGAGAGAAUGGACCAAACAAACUGUACAGGUUCUUGCAGAAAAUGACCAGUUGAGAAAAGAAGCAGAUGACCUUGGACCACAAGCAGAGCUUGAUUAUUGGAAAAAGAAAUUGUCAAAAUUCCACUACCUUAUGGAGCAGCUGAAGAGCCCAGAUAUGAAGGGAGUGUUUGGAGUACUCACUGCUGCUAAAUCCAAACUGCUGAAGAAGUGGCGAGCAUUGGAUAUUCGCAUCACAGACGCAGCAAAUGAAGCUAAAGAUAAUGUGAAAUAUCUGUAUUCUCUGGAAAAAUAUUAUGACCCAUUAUACAAUAGUGAUCCUGUGUCCAUUCUGGAUGCUAUUCCAGAGCUCAUAAAUGCAAUUAAAAUGAUUCAGAGUCUCUCUCAGUAUUAUAACACUUCUGAAAAGAUCUUCUCACUGUUGGUGAAGGUGACCAAUCAGAUGAUCACAGCGUGUAAAUCUUAUAUAGCAAACAAUAGCACAGCCACCAUCUGGAAUCAACUGCAGGAGAGAGUUGUGGAAAAGCUACAAGCAGCUAUUAGACUUAGACAGGAGUAUCAAAAUUGCUUCCACAAGAUAAAAGAGAAUUUGGAACAAAAUCCAGCUGAAAGACAAUUUGAUUUUAGUGAGAUAUAUAUAUUUGGAAAAUUUGAAGCCUUUCAUUGUCAUCUGGUAAAGAUAAUAGAUGUUUUCAGUACUAUGAGAACCUACUCAGUUCUACAGGAAUCUAAGAUAGAGGGAUUGGCAGCAAUGAUCACAAAAUAUCAGAGAAUUGUUGGCAACAUGAAGAAUAAGCAUUAUGAUUUCUUGGAUCAGCAGAAGACUGAUUUUGACCAAGACUAUGAAGAGUUUUGCAGACAAAAUGAUCUUCAUGAUCAAUUAAGGAGGUUCAUGGACAUCACCUUUGAAAGUAUUCUGAACACUGAAAGGGCACUGAGUAUGUUGCAGAAAUUUGAAAGAUUGCAAAUCCCAAAUUUUGGCAUUGAUGAAAAGUAUCAGAAAAUAUUUCAAAACUAUGAUGACAUAGAAACCGUCUGUAAGAUCUACACUAGGCACAAAAAGGACCCUCCACUGGCUCAUAAUCUGCCCCCAAUAGCUGGCAAGAUCUUGUGGGCAUGUCACCUAUUCCAUAGGAUCAAGGAGCCCAUGGUGACUUUCCAGAGACAUCCAGCAGUUCUACAAACACCAGAUGGCAAGAGCAUAAUCCGCAAUUACAACAAAGUAGCAAAAGUUCUUGUGAAAUUUGAGGUGAUCUACCACAGGGAAUGGCUUCAGCAGAUUGAGUUAACUAAAAGAGGACUUCAAGCAAAUCUCUUGGUAAAAGCUCCUGAAAUGGGAGAAUUAUUUGUGAAUUUUGAUCCUCAAAUAUUAACUUUAAUCAGAGAAACAGAUUGCAUGGCUUAUACAUGCCUUGAAAUUCCACCAUUUGCAAGUGUUAUUCAACAGCAGACAGACUGGUACAAGAAGAUUGUCAACAAUUUGCACGUGAUGUUGGCAGAAUACAAAAGAAUUAAACUGAAGAAACAACACCCUUUUGAACAACUCAUAGCUCCUCAAUCAGUAGAUGUAGAUAAUGCUAUCCAGCUAGGUCUAAGGACCUGGACAUCCCUGAAUAUUGAGGAAUACAUUAAUACACUUGUCUUGAAUCUUCUGUUUUCUUCAAAAGCUGGGCUGGAGUUAUUGCUUGAUCAAGUGAAUGGCUUGGUUGAAUUUCAUAUUGAUGCUGUCCUUCAAGAAAUUAGUAGAGUGACACUCUGUAUGUUUCCAGAAGAUGAACCACAGAGCUGUGAGGAAUUUCUUCAAAAGACUAAGGAGCUCUGCAUAAAAGGAUAUGGGACUUUACACUUUAAAAGCUCACUGGUGGAAGCCACUGUUAAUGAUCUGAUAAACAUGUUACUUGACACCAAGGAACAAUUCAGUAAAGAAGAUGAGAAGUCAAUUGUACCCAGUGGUGAAAAAAGGGACAAGAAUACAGCAAAAGAAGAGGAAAGAAGAUCAAAAAUCUUGACUUCCUCACAAAAUUCCAGUCAAACGUGGGCUGGCCUAUCUCUUACAACAAAGAGGAAGAGAAUGGAUUUAGAAAAAUUAGAGGAAGAAGCCAAUGAACUGCUUUCUUACUUCAAUGAUCGUAACAUUGAUGCCCUUUUGAAAGUCACUUGACACACUCUGGAGACUAUCUGCAAGCGCAUUCAUGCAUCUUCCACCAUCAACUUCUUAGAAAAUCACAGUAUAUCUAAGCAGAAAAAAGGUGCCUAUCCUAUAAUUAGGACUAAUAUUAACCUAUCUAUACCUAAUAUCAUCAUGACACCCUCUUUGGAUGAGGUACAGCAGAUGCUUAAUAAAGCUGUAGAUAGUAUUGUGAAAGUAAUGAAAGGAGUUCAACAUUGGAGUAAGGAGAGAAUAUCCAAGGAGAAAGUGUUAGAGAGAAAAGUUUUUCUGUUGCACACUUGGAGCAGAGACAAUAAUUCUGAUGAUGGAAUGAAAUAGACUGGAAAGAAAAACUUCCAUGACAGUGUAUCAGAUGCAGCAUCACUCAGUUCAUCUGAUGCAGUGCAAAGCCAGAGCUACUUCAGGAAUGUUUCAGGGAACAAAGAAAUUAUUGAAUUAGUAUCUUUACUCAGCAGUGCCAUUAAUUCUACAAAACAGGAAGUUGUUACAGCUUUGGAGAGGUUUAGUUGUUACCACCAUAUAUGGCAGAGAGACAAGGAGGAAACCAUUGACAAAUUCAUGUUGGGAAACCCAUUACUCUAUGAGUUUGAAUCUGAAAUUCUGCACUUCCAAGGCCUGGACCUGAAAAUUAAUUCUGAGCCUGAAUAUGUCUGCAUGAGAACUAUUGCACUGUACACUGUUGAUCUGAAGCUAGCACUUAGAUCAGAAACUAAAGCCUUGAUGACUUUGCUGGGGUAUCAUUGCAAUAAGAAGUACAGAACACAGAUGGAAGCUAUUUUGACUUUUAUAGAGGAAACUGGCAAGAAAUUAAAUCUCAGCAUCACAGACCAAGAUGACAUCAGAAUAGCCAUGUCAGCUUUAAAAGAGAUCGGAGAACUACAGAUCUCUAUUGACUCCCGUAUUGGCCCCAUUGAGGAAUCUUAUGCUAUGUUGAGCAAAUAUGAUCUACUUGUUGCCAAGGAAGAGACAGAGAAGGUGAACAUGUUGCACUACACUUGGGAAAAAUUGCUAAUCCGUGCAAAUGAAGUGCAGGAUGAGGUUGUUGCUUUGCACCCGAACUUCAGAGGAGAGCUUAUUAGUGCUGUGAAGACUUUUACUGAAGACUGUUCACAGUUCUACUCAGAUUAUGAUCAGAAUUGGCCAAUGGUGCUUGGUUUAACACCUCAGGAAGCCAAUGACAUGCUUACUAUAUUCCAGAAUCGAUGUGUUAAUCUCUUUCAGAAAUGCAUUACCUGUACAGGUGGACUUUUUGGUUUGCCAGUUACUCGAUGUCCUCACCUGCUUGAAAUAAAGAAGCAGCUGAAUCUGUUGCAAAAUCUCUAUAAUCUAUAUAACAGUGUCAUUGAUUCAAUCAGUGGCUACUAUGAUAUUCUUUGGCUGGAAUUAGACAUUGAAAAAAUUAACAGUGAACUUAUGGAAUUUCAGAACAGGUAAGAAACUGAUGGUUGCCAUAAACUCCCUUGUGCUGUAAAGGAAUGGCAGCCUUUUCUUGACCUACUGAAGACCACAGAGGACUUCAGUGAGUGUUGCCCAUUGCUUGAGAACAUGUCAAGUAAAGCAAUGAUACCUCGGCACUGGAACCAGAUUAUGGAUCUCAGUGAACACAGAUUUGAUGUGGAGAGUGAAACAUUCAAACUGAGGAAUAUAAUGGAAGCUCCAUUACUAAGACAUAAAGAGGAAAUAGAGGAUAUCUGCAUAAGUCCUGUGAAGGAGAGAGACAUCAAGCGUAAGUCAAAACAAGUGAUAGCUGAAUGGGAUAACAAGAUGUUUGUCUUUGCAAACUUUAAAACUCGUGGGGAGCUUCUUUUAAGAGGUGACAGCACAUCAGAAACUAUUGCUGCACUGGAGGACAGCUUGAUGAUUUUUGGUUCUCUCAUGAAUAACAGAUACAAUACACCAUUCAAGACAGAGAUUCAGAAAUGGGUGCACUAUCUUUCCAACACAACGUAUAUAAUUGAGAACUGGCUGACUGUGCAGAACUUGUGGAUUUAGUUAGAAGCUCUUUUUAUUGGUGAUGAUAUAGAAAGACAGCUUCCAAAAGAAGCAAAGCGUUUCUCUAACAUUGAUAAAUCCUGGGUGAGGAUCAUGGCCCAAGCUCAUGAAACACCCAAUGUUGUUCAGUGCCGUGUUGGAGAUGAGAUAAUGGGACAGUUAUUGCCACAUUUACUGGAACAGCUUGAAAUCUGUCAGAAAUCACUCACAGGGUACCUGGAGAAAAAGUGCCUGCUAUUUACACGAUUCUUCUUUGUGUCAGAUCCUGCUCUCUUAGAAAUUCUUGGCCAGGCAUCCAGCUCUCACAAUAUCCAGGCACAUUUGCUGAAUGUGUUUGACAACAUUAAAAAUGUCAGGUUCCAUGAAAGGGUAUAUAAUGAUCGUAUAUUGUCAUUCAGUUCACGAGAGGGUGAGACCGUAGAGCUGACUAGACCUGUAAUGGCUGAAGGUUAUGUGGAAGUUUGGCUCAGCUUUCUGUUGAAGGAAUCCCAGCUAUCCCUGCAUCAAGUUAUUCGCCAAGCAGCUAUGGACAUCCAGGAAACAAGUUUUGAGAUUAUUGCAUUUCUUUCUACUUAUCCAGCCCAGGUUGGGUUAUUGGAGAUCCAAAUGAUUUGGACAAGAGACUCAGAAGAAGCUUUGACUCUUGCCAAGCAGGAUAAAAUUAUGCAUAAGACAAACCAGAUUUUCCUGGAACUUCUGAACAUGUUGAUAGAUAUGACAACAAAAGACCUUAGUCCAUUUGAGUGAGUUAAAUAUGAGACAUUAAUCACUAUUCAUGUGGAUCAGAGGGACAUUUUUGAUGGUCUUUGCUGCAUGCAUAUCAAGACCCCUAUGGACUUUGAGUGGCUGAAACAAUUUAGAUUUUAUUUUAAUGAAGAUUCUGAUAAAAUGGUGGUUAAGGUCACUGAUGUGAGCUUUACAUACCAGAAUGAAUUCUUGGGCUGUACUGACAGGCCAAGACAGUUGCCUUUUAGAUGUUACAUCACUUUGGCUCAAGCUUUGGGCAUGAACAUGGGUGGAGCACCUGUGGGACCUGCAGGAACCGGAAAAACUGAAACUGUGAAAGAUACGGAAAGGUGCCUUGGAAAAUAUGUAGUGGUCUUCAACUGUUCAGACCAGAUGAAUUUCUGAGGACUUGGAAGGUUCUUCAAAGGUAAGAUGUGUACCAAAGGUAAGCUGUUGAAUCCAGGAUAUGCUGGGUGGCAAGAACUUCCUGAAAAAUUGAAGACCAAUUUCCAUUCAGUGGCUAUGAUGGUUCUGGCUAUGAUCGUCAGAUCAUAAGUUAAAUUGGCUAGUUGUGGUUUCAUUGCUAAUGUUAUGUUGGCAAGGAAAUUCUUUACACUGUACAAGCUGUGUGAAGAACAGCUGUCCAAGCAGGUGCAUUAUGAUUUUGGCUUGCAGAAUAUAUUGUCUGUGCUGCGUACACUGGGAGCAGCAAAAAGAGCAAAUCCCACAGAUACUGAAUCUACCAUUGUCAUGCAUGUUCUGAGAGAUAUGAACCUGUCUAAACUGAUUGAUGAAGACAAACCCUUAUUUCUGAGUUUAAUUGAAGAUCUGUUUCCAGAUAUCCAGCUUGAUAAAGCAGGCUAUCCUGAACUUGAAGUAGCCAUUGAUAAACAGGUGAAGGAAUCUGGCCUUGUUUGUCAUCCUCCUUGGAAACUGAAAGUUAUCCAGCUUUUUGAAACCCAGAAAGUAAGGCAUUGAUUGAUGACACUAGGACCUAGUGGUGCAGGAGAAACUACCUGCAUCCACACCUUAAUGAAAGCAAUGACAGGUCACCAUAUCUGGAUAGUUCUUGAUGGUCCAGUUGAUGCUAUUUGGAUUGAGAACCUUAAUUCUGUCCUGGAUGACAACAGGACUCUAACACUAGCAAACAGUGAUCGGAUACCUAUGGCACCAAAUUGCAAAAUAGUCUUUGAGCCUCAUAAUAUUGAUAAUGCUUCUCCAGCAACAGUUUCAAGAAAUGGGAUGGUGUUCAUGAGCUCAUAAGUUCUCACCUGGAGUCCUAUCCUUGAGGGAUUUUUGAAAAAAUGUUCUUUUCAAGAGGCUGAAAUUCUACGUCAGCUGUAUUCUUCAUCAUUCCCAGACUUGUACCGCUUCAGCAUUCAGUCUCUUCAUUGUGAGACUGAGAUGUUGGAAGCCUUUGUGAUUAUGCAGAGCAUUAAUAUGCUGCAAGGCCUUAUCCCACCUAAGGAGCAAGGUAGGGAACUGACUCCAAAAUAUUUGGAAAGGCUGUAUAUGUUCUCUCUCAUGUGGAGCAUAGGAGCAUUGCUAGAGCUGGAGGACAGGUGCAAAAUGGAAUACUGGCUUCGAAAACACACAACAGUAAAGCCUGAUCUUCCUUGUAUCCCAGAAGCUAGUGAAGAUAAUGACUAUUAUGCGGCAUCUGAUGGUACAUGGAUGCACUGGAAUACACAUGUUGAAGAGUAUGCAUAUCCCACUAGUGGUACCCCAGAGUAUGACUCAAUUCUUGUGCCUAAUGUUGACAAUGUGAGAAUGGAUUUCCUUAUUGGAACCAUAGCAAAACAGGGCAAGGCUGUCCUACUAAUUGGUGAGCAAGGAACUGCGAAGACUGUUAUAAUCAAAGGUCUUACAUCAAAAUAUAACUCUGAAAGGCACAUAACUAAGAAUUUGAGUUUUUCAUCUGCAACGACCCCAUUCAUUUUUCAGCGUACAAUAGAAAGUUAUGUGGAUAAGUGCAUGGGCACAACUUAUGGUCCACCUGCAGGCAAAAUGAUGACAGUCUUCAUUGAUCAUGUGAACAUGCCCAUAAUCAAUGAAUGGGGAGAUCAGGUCACUAAUGAGAUAGUUAGGCAACUGAUGGAACAGAAAGGACUGUAUAACCUGGAAAAACCUGGGGAAUUUACCAACAUCAUGGACAUUCAGUUUUUGGCUGCCAUGAUCCACCCUGGGGGAGGUCGCAAUGAUAUUCCACAGAGGCUGAAGAGACAAUUUUCAGUGUUCAACUGUACUCUGCCUUCCAAUUCUUCCAUUGACAAAAUUUUUGGUGUAAUUGAAGAAGGACAUUACUGUAGCGAGCGGGGAUUUUCAGAUGAUGUGAAGGAAACAGUAGCCAAAUUGGUUCCAUUGACACGCAGACUGUGGCAGAUUACCAAACUAAAAAUGUUGACCACACCAGCCAAGUUUCAUUAUGUCUUCAACCUUCGAGACCUCUCGAGGAUUUGGCAAGGAAUGCUGAAUGCUACAUUGGAAGUGAUCAAUGAACCGCAGGUGCUGAUAAAACUGUGGAAGCAUGAAUGCAAAUGUGAUAUUGCUGAUCGUUUCACAACCUCAGAAGAUGCUAAUUGGUUUCACACAGCUGUGGCAAAACUCAUUGAGGAGGAAUUUGAAGAUCCAAAAGCUUUGCUGCAUCAUGAAGCAGAUGCAUUCUUUGUUGACUUCUUAAGGGAUGCACCUGCAAGAAUGGAUGAGAAACCAGAGGAAUAUAAUUUAGAUAUUCCCAAAGUCUAUGAACCAAUCUCCUCAUUUCAUCAGCUACGGAAUAGUUUAAAUAAUUUUUUAUAUACAUACAAUGAGAAUGUUCACGGUACUGGAAUGGACAUGGUUUUAUUUGAGGAUGCUAUGGUUCAUUUAGUCAAGAUUUCUCGUAUGAUUCACACUCCUCGUGGAUAUGCUCUCUUAGUUGGAGUUGGCAGCUCAGGAAAGCAGAGCUUGACAAGACUGACAUCCUUCAUAGCUGGGUAUGACACUUUCCAGAUAAUGUUGACAAAAUCACACAACACUUUAAACUUGAUGGAAGAUCUGAAACUCUUAUACAGAACAGCAGGACUGCAAGGCAAAGGCACCUGUUUUCUUUUUACAGACAAUGAGUUCAAAGAUGAGUCUUUCUUAGAAUACUUGAACAAUGUUUUGUCAUCAGUGGAAGUGUCAAACUUAUUUACACGUGAUGAGGUAGAUGAGAUCAUUAGUGAUCUCAUUCCCUCCUUCAAAAAGGAGCAUCCACAAAGACCUCCAACCAGUGAAGCUCUGUAUGACUAUUUCAUGGUCAGAGUCCAUCAGAACCUUCACGUAGUUCUUUGCUUCUCACCAGUAGGUGAAAAAUUCUGAAAUAGGGCCCUGAAGUUCCCUGCUCUCAUUUCUGGAUGCACUAUAGAUUGGUUCAGCCAAUGGCCUAAGGAUGCUCUGGUGGCAGUGUCUGAACACUUCCUGUCCUCAUUUGAUAUGGACUGCACUGCUGAUACAAAGAUGGAAAUUGUGCAGUGUAUGGGCUCAUUCCAGGAUGGAGUGGCAGAAAAGUGUUCUGAUUACUUUCCAAGUUACAGAUGUUCUACACAUGUGACUCCCAAAUCCUACCUGACUUUUAUUCAGGGAUAUAAAACUACAUACAAAGAAAAGCAUGCUGAAGUGCAAAUAUUAUCAAACAGAAUAAAUACUGGUCUGGAAAAAUUGAAAGAGGCCUCUGAGUCAGUGGCUGCUCUAAGCAGAGAACUGGAAGUAAAAGAAAAGGAGCUUCAAAUUGCCAAUGAAAAAGCUGACAUGGUAUUGAAAUAAGUUACUGUAAUAACAUAGGCUGUUGAGAAUGUGAAGGGUGAUGUUCAGAAAGUGAAAGACAAAGCCCAAACUAUUGUAGACAGUAUCACAGUUGACAAAGCCAUUGCUGAACAGAAGCUGGAAGCUGCCAAACCUGCUUUGGAAGAGGCAGAGGCAGCCUUACAGACAAUAAAACCUGAAGAUAUUGCCACAGUGCACACACUGGGUCGACCUCCUCACCUCAUCAUGUGUAUUAUGGACUGUGUGCUGCUGCUCUUCCUGCGUAAAGUCAACCAUGUGAAAAUUGAUCAGGAAAAACACUAUACUGUCCCAUCGUGGCAAGAAUCGCUGAAGCUGAUGACAACAGGGAACUUCUUACAGAGUCUCCAGCAAUUUCAGAAAGACACAAUUAAUGAUGAAUUGGUAGAACUUUUGAGCCCUUAUUUUGAAAUGGUGUACUACAACACUGAGACAGCUAAGAGAGUAUGUGUACAUGUUGCUGGCCUUUGCUCAUGGAUGAAAGCUAUGGCACUAUUUUUUUCCAUCAACAAAGAAAUAUUACCUUUGAAGGCUAAUUUAGCAAUUCAAGAGAAACGCCUAACCAGUGCUAUGCUGGAUCUGCAGAAAGCUCAAGAAGAACUAUGAGCCAAGCAAGAAGAAUUAGAUAUUGUGCAGGCAGAGUAUGAAAAUGCAAUGAGAGAAAAACAGACUCUGCUGGAAGAUGCUGAGCAUUGCUGACAUAAAAUGCAAACUGCCUCAAGCCUUAUAAGUGGUUUAGCAGGUGAAAAAGAGAGGUGGACAGAACAGAGUAAAGAAUUUGCCAUGCAAACCAAGAGGUUAGUUGGUGAUGUACUCUUGGCUACAGCUUUUCUGUCCUAUUCUGGUUCUUUUAACCAAGAGUUCCGCAGUCUGCUGUUAAAUGACUGGCAAAAGGAAAUGAAAAACUGAAAAAUUCCUUUCUGUAACAACUUGAACCUCAUAGAAAUGUUGACUGAUGCUCCAACUAUCAGUGCAUGGAACCUGCAAGUAUUGCCAAAUGACAACUUAUCCAUACAGAAUGGAAUAAUUGUCACUAAAGCAUCUUGUUAUCCUUUGUUAAUUGAUCCACAAACACAGGGUAAAAUUUGGAUUAAAAAUAAGAAAGGCAGAAAUGACCUUCAGAUCACUUCUUUGAAUCACAAAUAUUUUAGAAACCACUUAGAAGACAGCCUUUCUUUGGGAUGACCUCUUUUAGUAGAAGAUAUUGGAGAAGAGCUGGACCCAGCACUUGAUAACAUUUUGGAAAGAAACAUCAUUAAAACAGGUUCAGCCAACAAGGUAAAAAUUGGUGAUAAGGAAGUGGAUGUUAUGAAUGGCUUCAGACUUUACAUUACUACAAAACUGCCAAAUCCUUGUUACUCUCCUGAAAUUAGUGCUCAAACCUCUAUCAUUGACUUUACUGUAACCAUGAAAGGUCUUGAAAAUCAACUCUUAGGCAGAGUCAUUCUCACAGAGAAACAGGAAUUAGAGAAAGAAAGAACUGUUCUUAUUGAAGAUGUGACUAUGAACAAAAGGAGAAUUAAAGACCUAGAAGAUAACCUUUUAUUUUGACUUAAAAGUACGAAGAGUUCUCUGGAGGAUGAUGAGACUCUACUAAUUGUAUUGAGUAACACUAAGAAGACUGCUGAAGAAAUAACACAGAAACUGCAAACUUCUGCUGAAACUGAAGUACAGAUCAAUUCAGCCCGCGAAGAGUACAGACCUGUUGCAACACGAGGUAGCAUCUUGUACUUCCUUAUCACUGAGAUGAGCAUGGUCAAUGUCAUGUAUCAGACAUCACUUCGAUGGUUUUUGGGGCUUUUUGACUGCUCCCUAGCCAGGUCUACCAAGAGCCCUAUAACCAGCAAGAGUGUUACCAAUAUUAUUGAAUAUAUGACAUAUGAAGUAUUCAAACAUAUUGCCCGAGGGCUCUAUGAGGAGCAUAAAUUUCUUUUCACAUUACUUCUUACUUUGAAGAUUGAUAUACAAAGAAACAGAGUGAAACAUGAAAAAUUUCUGACACAUAUUAAAGGUGGUGCUUCCCUAGACCUUAAAGCUUGUCCUCCUAAGCCAGCUAAAUGGAUUCUAGAUAUGACUUGGUUGAACUUGGUGGAGCUCAGUAAGCUUGAACAGUUUUCAGAUAUUCUUGAUCAAGUACGUAAGAAAGAGAAACAGUGGAAAAUCUGGUUUGAUAGUAAGAAUCCCGAAGAAUAAUUGGUUCCUAGUGGCUAUGGUCAAUCUGUGGACUGCUUCAGACAUCUUCUUCUUAUCAGAUCUUAGUGUUCUGACAGGACCAUAGCUCAGGCAAGAAAAUAUAUCACUGACACUAUGGGGGAGAAAUACGCAGAGGGAGUCAUCUUGGACUUGGAGAAAACAUGGGAAGAGUCAGAUCCACGUACUCCCCUCAUAUGCUUUCUUUCCAUGGGCUCUGAUCCUACGGACUCAAUUAUUGCUUUGGGAAAAAGACUGAAGACAGAAACAUAUUGUGUUUCCAUGGGCCAGGGGCAAGGAAUCCAUGCUCGUAAACUUCUACAGCAGACAAUGGCUCAUGGAGGUUGGGCACUUCUGCAAAACUGCCACCUUGGACUUGACUUUCUGGAUGAGUUAAUGGACACAGCAAUAGAGACAGAGAAUGUUCGUGAAAUCUUUAGAUUUUGGAUUACAACUGACAUUCACAAACAAUUCCCCAUCACCCUUCAAAUGUCCAUUAAGUUCACCAAUGAACCACCACAAGGGCUCAGAGCUGGACUAAAGAGAACAAAAAAUGGCAUGGUUAGCCAUCAAGUGCUCUUUACACUACAUAAAAUAAAGGACAAAGUCUGUAUCAACCAGGAUUUAUUAGAUGCCAGUAAAAUGGUGCAAUGGAAACCACUGUUGUAUGCUGUAGCCUUUCUGCACUCCACCAUUCAAGAAAGAUGCAAAGUUGGGUCUCUGGGUUGGACUAUUCCCUAUGAGUUUAAUCAAGCUGAUUUCAAUGCUGCUGUGCAGUUCAUUCAAAACCACUUGAAUCGCAUGGAUACCAAGAAGGGGAUCUGCUGGAGUACUGUUUGUUACAUGACAGGUGAGAUCCAUUAUGGUGGUCAUGUGACAGAUGACUUUGACAAAAGACUCAUGAAAACCUUUGUAAAGAUUUGCUUAAGUGAAAACACAUUCAGUCAGGAAUUCAGUUUCUACAAAGGAUACAGCAUACCCAAAUGUACUAUGGUGGAUCAAUACCUUCAGUACAUACAGAGCUUUCCUGCUUAUGACACACCAGAGGUGUUUGGUUUGCACCCCAAUGCGGAUAUCACCUACCAAAGUAAAGUUUCCAGAGGUAUAUUGGACACCAUCCUCAGUAUUUGUCCUAAAGAUAGCUCUGGUGGAGGAGGUGAAACUCAAGAGGCAGUUGUAGCCACACUGGCUGAUGAUAUGCUGGAAAGACUUCCUGCUGAUUAUGUACCAUUUGAAGUAAAAGAAAAACUAAAGAAUAUGGGACCUUUUCAACCUAUGCACAUAUUUUUGUGACAGGAGAUUGAACAAAUGCAGAGAGUUAUUUCUUUAGUGAGAAGCACUCUGACUGAUCUGAAACUUGCCAUUGAUAGGACAAUAGUUAUGAAUGAAAAUCUGAGGGAUGCUUUAGACUGCAUGUAUAAUGGAAGGAUUCCUGCUAGCUGGAAAAAGGCAUCUUGGCUUUCCAGUACUCUUGGUUUCUGGUUUACUGAGCUUCUAGAAAUAAACCACCAGUUUUACAAGUGUAUUUUUGAAAGUCGACCAAACUGUUUCUGGACGACAGGGUUUUUUAAUCCCCAAGGAUUUUUAACUGCAGUGAGACAGGAAAUAAUGAGAGCCAACAAAGAAUGGGCUCUUGACAGUGUAGUCUGCAAUGAAGUCACAAAAUGGAUGAAGGAUGAUAUCACAAGCCCUCCUUCAGAAGGUGUCUAUGUGUAUGGGCUGUAUUUAGAAGGAGCUGGUUGGGACAGAAGAAACAUGAGACUGACAGAAUCUAAGCCCAAGGUGCUCUUUGAGCUGAUGCCAGUUAUAAGGAUAUAUGCAGAGAAUAACACUGCAAAAGAUCCACGUCUGUAUUCAUGUCCGGUCUACAAAAAGAGCAGUCGAACAGAUCUUAAUUACAUUGCUGUUAUGGAUCUUAAAACCCGUCAGCCUACAGAGCACUGGGUACUCCAUGGAGUAGCACUUCUGUGUGAUGUCAAGUAA